UUACGCGUUUGUUCAACGGUUUUGAAGUGCUUUUCGUGCUGGGCGUUUAAAACGCCACAGUAAAAGGCUAAAAUAGUUUUUUUUCAUCUUUCAAAAUUUGAAAAUUUGUAAAAUUAAUAGUUUUCAACAAUAAUUUUCACACCUUUAAAUGAAGUGUUAAUUUCUUUCCAUAAACGCCAAAAAGUUAAAAGUUACCAAUAAAAAAAGAAGCAACUGAUCAAUUUGUUGAAAACUAAAUUCUUUGCACAAUGUCGAUGACAGCUUUGGGUAUUAGUACCGCCUUUAUGGUGGGCUGUUGUGUGGCAGCACAAAUUGCUCGACGGGUAGCGAAAAAUGUUUUAAAAGAUGAAGGCAUUGUACCGAUAUUGAUGAAUGAAGCUAUAGCUGCCGCAGAAUUAUGUGCCUGUUGUUUUGAGCUUAUAAUAGUGGCUGAUAACUUUGGUGUGGCAGCUUACGCUGUUUUUCUCUUUCUGCUCACCGUUUGGUGGGGUAAAGUAUGGGGUGAUGCUUCCGCCUGCCCCUACACGCAUAUGGAGGAUUUAUUAGAGGGUAAAACAACUCUCAAAGAAGUGGCUUUGCGCACCUGGGCUGAAUUAAUGGGUGGCUGUUGUGUAUAUCGCAUAGUUCAGGUAUUCUGGUGGUUUGAAUUUGCCGAGACACAUGCUGGUCGUGCCUUUGAAGAAUGCAACGCUGAUUUACAGGUUAAUCCUUAUAUGGGCGCCGCCAUUGAGGGUUUCGCCACCCUCUUGUGUCGCUUGGCUUCGAAGACCCUUAGCGAAAAGGAUCCCAAAUUUUGUAGCAUUAUUGAUUCGUUUAUCGGUACUAGUCUGGUGGUAGCUGCUUUUAACUUUUCCGGCGGUUAUUUUAAUCCUGUCUUGGCCACCGCUCUCAAGUGGGGCUGUCGUGGUCAUACCAAUUUAGAGCAUAUCAUUGUCUAUUGGAUUGGUGCUUGUGUGGGUGCUGUACUUUCGGUACCUAUCUUUAAGCUACCAGCAGUACGUAAAUUUUUGCUGGGUCCUGAAUCAUUGGAAAAGAAGAAGGAGGAAUAAGUUUCAAAUUGAAAUUAAGGCAGCAUUGGAAAAGAUUUGUUAAUUGUUAUUUAUUUUUUAUUAUUUAUCAAAUUUGUAAAAUGGAGAAAAGUGUUAAGUUUUAGAGGAAUAUUAAUCUAAAUACUCAGAAUUAUUAAUUUAAUUAGUUAUUAAUGUGGAUCAUGUACUUCAUAGAAGAAUGACAAUAAAGUGACAAUAUUUGUUGAUUUUUUUCUAAAUAA